AUGAACCUACAAAAAGAUUUAUUGGUACAAGGCGAACGCGAAGAUACUAUGGGUACCAGCGUGUAUUCUUCGAAAGAUAGUCAAAGUAUGCACAAGUCUUUAAAUGGAGAAUUUAUUCUUUAUCAAUUACUCAUGGAACGUUUAUUGGACGAAAAUACGGAACUCCCACAGAGUAAAUCGGGAAUUGCGGGUUAUUUCAAACCGGAAAGCGUUGCUGAUAGGAAUGCUAUGAAGGAAUUCGAUACUGAAUACAAAUCGGAGAAAGCAAUUCAUUGGUAUACAAGAGAAACUUGUGUUUAUAAACUUCUUAAUAAAGCUUUACGAACGCACAAUAUCGAUGAUGUUACUGCGUUUGCAAAAUUAGUUCGUGAUCUUUAUCAACAAUUAAAACGCGAACAUAAAGUAUUCUCUAAAUAUCAAAAAUCUUCGAUACUGACUGUUUAUCGUGGACAAUUUAUUAGUAAAGAUGAAUUAACUCGUUUGAAAAGUGCGAAGGGUGAAUUAUUUGCUAUGAAUUCAUUCUUAUCGACAAGCAGCAAUAAAAACAAAGCGGUCGAAUUUGCGACAAGUCGGUCACCACCAACUGAUCAGUUGACAUCGAUUCUACUCGAAAUUCAAGUGAACAUCAAAAGCGAAAGUCGACCAUUAGCUGAUAUCAAACAUCUAAGUGCAUUCGCCGAAGAAGAAGAAAUUCUUUUUAUGUUCGGAUGUGUCUUUCGUCUGGAUGAUGUUUGGUUCGAUGAAGAAAUUCAACUCUGGAAAUUACGAUUGACUUUAUGUGGUGAUGCAGAUUUAGAUAUGAAAGAUUUUCUAUCCACAUUAGAUGAAGAAUUAGAAGGAACUAAUCGAUUAAUAUCGCUCGGUUCAUAUCUAUUCCAGAUGCAAAAAUAUAAAGAAGCAGAAGAACAUUACCAGAAGAUUCUCGAUAAUAAACUAAUUACUGAUCCUAUUGAACUCGCUCAGUGUUAUCAUGGUCUUUCGUGUGUUAAUGAGAAAAAAAUGGAUUAUCCGAUCGCGAUACGAAAUCUUCAACAAGCUUUAGAACUUCUCUUUAAAAAUUGUCCAAAACACGAUCAUAGUCUGAUUUCAAAAUGCUAUAAUGAUUUAGGAGCGAUUUACACUAAGCAAGAGCAAUAUCAGUUAGCAUUUGAAUCAUACGACAAAGCAUUGAAAACGGCAAACAGCGUUCCAUCUGCAACUUUUUCCGGUUUAUCACAGCUUCAUUUUCAGUUAAAAAACUACGAUAUUUCUCUUCGUUAUUCGAAGCAAGCUUUACAACAUCAACCAGCAAAAGCGUAUGCCUCGAUUACCAGAAAUUAUAUUGACUUAGGAAAUCUUUAUGUGAAACUCAACGACAAAGAGCAAGCAAUGGAAAUGUUUCAUAAAGCUAUUGAGACUCAAGUGAAAGUGCUCGGCGCUGAACAUCCAGAUGUUAGCUAUACAUAUACAGCAAUGGCUAUGAUGCACUUCGAACUGAAUGAUCAAGACAAAGCUUUUGAAUUCUUGGACAAGGCUUAUCAGAUACAAUUGAAUUCGCUUCCAAACAAUCAUUCAGACUUUGCCGAUACUUAUCGACACUACGGUGAUAUCUAUAUGAAAUUAAAUAAUAUAAAUCAAGCGUUAAGCUAUUAUCAUAAAGCAUUAGAUAAUCAAUUAAAAACGCUUUCAUGGAAUCAUCCAGCCGUCGCAAUAACUUACAUUACCAUCGGCAAUGCAUAUCGAAAAAUGAAAGAUUAUAAACAAGCAUUAACCUACUUUCACAAAGUCCUUGAUAGUGAACUAACACGCAAGAAUUUUGGUGAUCCGACAUUAAGUCAAGCAUAUAAAACACUUGGUGAUGUUUAUCUUGACAAGAACGAUAGUGAUCAAUGUCUGAACUACUAUCUUCAAUACCUACAGAAUGAACUACAAACCAAAUUGCACGAACAUAUGUCAUUAGCGGAAACAUACCGUACUGUUGCCAAUAUCUACUUCAAAAAGCGUCUUUUAAGUGAAGCAUUAUUGUAUUAUAAUCGACUGUUAGAUUGUUACUUACAAAAAAAACCAGCUAAUGAAGUAAAGAUCAAAGAAACUUAUACGAAGAUUGGACAAGUGUAUUUAAAAAAGCAUCGCGUUGACGAACGAUUAACGUAUUAUGCCGAGGACAAAACCAAGUUUGCCAACGAUUUCAAUAGUAUCAGUAAUAUUCAUUUCGAGAAGCGGCAUUUAGAUCAAGGAUUGAAUUAUUUUCAAAAGUUUCUCAAUGAGCAAUUGAAGACUUCUCCGAGAAAUGAUCGAUCGAUUGCCCAGACUUAUCGAAUCCUUGGCAAUAUUUAUUACGAAAAAGGUGAUUUAGACCGAGCAUUAACUUCAUUCGAACAUUUAUUAGCGAUUAAAUUCAAACGAAAAUACCUCGAGCAUUCGAAAUUAAGUAAAAUCUAUCGCGCGAUCGGCACGAUUUGUUUGGAUAAGAAUCGUCUUGAUCAAGCAUUGAUCUUUUUCAACCGUUUCCUGGAUUGUCGAUUACUUAAAAAGCGAUCUCAGGAUGACCCAUCCGUUAUCGAAGCUUAUCACUUAAUUGGUAAAGUUUAUUUAGCUAAACAUGAUUUUAAUCAAACAUUUUCUCUCUUGAAUAAAUCGAUCCAAAAGUAUCGACAAACGCGUGUCAACUCUCAAAGUCGCAUUCUUCCAAAUCUAACAAGUUAUAAAUAUGAAAUGCAUCAUCUGGAUGAAAGUUUGCUUUUCUACCAGAAUCUUUUAGAGAAAAAUUCGAAGAAUAUUUCCACAAAACCGUUUUCUCUCGAAGAUAUUUACGCUAUACUUGGCAAUAUGUUUUUAGAAAAAGAAGAUUCAUAUCAUUCAUUACAAUAUUUCCAAUUACUUUUGAAGUAUCAACUACGCAAAUCGACACGUGGAAGUCUGCCAAUAGCGAAUACUUCUGCUAUUAUUGGAAAUAUUGAAAGUAGAUAUGGAUAUACACAUUCCGGUCUCGAAAACUACCGUUAUGCACUCUCAAUUUAUCGACGAAUCAAUCCGAUGAAUCAAACAGUCAUCGACAAAUUGAGCUAUCUUAUUCGACAACUUCUUGUACCACAAAUUUGA